CUUGUGCUAUCCCGAAGGUCCGUCGUGUCAGCGCUGUUGGGCACGGACUUGGGAAACACCGUGGGAAUAAUGGAAUCAUUUGGGCGGGAGGGGACCUUAAAGGUAAUUUUAUUCUAAUCCCUUGCUAUGACCAGGGAUGCAUUCCACUAUUCCAGGCUGCUCCAAGCCCCGUCUAGUUUGGCCUUGGACACUUCCAGGGAUCCAGGGGCAGCCACACCUUCUCUGGGCACCCUGUGCUGGCGCCUCCCCACCCUCACAGAGAACAAUUUCUUGCCAGUAUCCCACCCAGCCCUGCCCUCUGGCAGUGAAAAACCAUUCCCUGUGUCCUGUCACUCCAUCCCUUGUCCCCAGUCCCUCUCCAGCUCUGCUGGAGCCCCUUUUGGCACUCGAAAGGUCAGUUAGGUCACCUCAAAGCCUCUCUUCUCCAGGCUGAACAAUCCCAAUUCUCACAGCCUUUCCUUGUAUAAGAGGUUCUCCAUCACUCUCAUCAACUUAAUGGCCUCCUCUGGAUGUAGGACUUUUUCUGUGGUGUAAGUAGGAGGUGGAGGGAGAAUAAGUGGGUCAUUGUUUCAUGCCAGGUUUUUCUGAGAUCUGUUUAAAUUUAAGCUGCUGUGUUCUAGAGCAUCAAUCCUGAAGUUGCCAUCUUAGGCCAUCACAAGCUGGAAAGAAGAGGAGAACUAGGAGAAAUGAGUGAGAGGUUUCAGCCUGGUCAGUGUCCUUGGCUGGUUUAGAAACUGGAGCCUGUGCAUUGGGGGGAAGACAGGGAAUCACAUUGGAGACGGGGCCAGACUUUGUUCAACGAGAUAAUUAAUAAGUGUUAGUUUAGAUGUUGUGAAAUUGCACUUAAGUGUGAAUAUCCACUGCAGGAUUCCUGCUGAGUUACCUCAGGGACAGAGCUGCAUUGGCCUUGCUGCUGUGCAGGACGCUUAAAAGUCCUUAAAGUUUCAUUUUAAGAAAUCUUUUUUGUGAAAAAACUUCCUUUUCCUAUGGUUCCUUUACAUUCUAAGAAUUUAUUUCCAACAUGCCUUUAGAUCAAAAAAAAAAACAGACACAGGGAGGGAAAUGAUGAAAUAUUAAUUGUUUUGAGUGUCGGUUGUCUACUAGUGCUUUUUUUUGCUCUGGUUUAUAAACAUUUCCAAAGUUAUAUGGGAAAUGCCCAACUAGGAAUCCCAUCCAGGGCUCUAAUCUGUUGUCCUGACACUCACCCACAGCAUUUCCCUGUUCAGGACUCUGAGCCUCAGGGAGGCACACAAAGCUUCAGCAGCCACAGGACUUUUCCACGUGUUGUCUUGUUUUGUUUUUCUCUCCUUCCUCAGAGCCUCCUGGCACCAACACUUUCCCUGCCACGUCAAGGCCUCGGUGGAAUCCUGACAAAACAGCAUAUAAUCCAGGAUCCAGUCAGACUUUGGAAUCUCCUGGGUAGCACCUCCUGGUUUGCUACAUCCAGCUCUUGGGGGAGUAGCCAGAAGAAUGGAGGAUUGAAGAAGAAAUCUCCACAGGAGGAGGAUGAGGAAGAGAAACGCAGGAGAAGGGAAAACCAGAUGCACCUGGAACGUUUGCGGGCACUACUGGUCCUCACCUUCGUGGUGCUGAUGCUUCGCUUCAUGAUCAGCGAGAAUAGGGAGGGGACCAACAUCUCCUGGAACUACUUUGUGAAUGAGAUGCUGUCCAAGGGGGAGGUGCAGAGGAUCGAGGUGGUGCCUGAGAGUGACAUCGUGGAGAUUUACCUGCACCCGGGUGGAACUCCACACGGGCAAGUUAACGUGACCCUGCUGUACACCAUGCGCGUGGCAAACAUCGACAAAUUCGAAGAGAAGCUCAGAGCUGUGGAGGAUGAGCUGAAUAUUGAUGAGAAAGAGAGAAUCCCCAUUUCCUACAAACACCCUGGCUUUUAUGGAAAUGAUGUCCUUUCCCUGAUAGUGACACUGGUGGCCGUGUCCAUGCUGUGGAGCAUCUUCCGCCUCUUCAGGGUGGCGAGCAGGGCUGGAGGCUUCAACGCCUUUAACCAGCUGAAGAUGGCUCGUUUCACCAUUGUGGAUGGGAAAUCUGGAAAAGGGAUUGGCUUCAAGGAUGUAGCAGGAAUGCAUGAGGCGAAAAUGGAAGUCAAGGAAUUUGUGGACUAUUUGAAGAAUCCCGAUCGCUACCUCCAGCUUGGGGCCAAAGUGCCCAAGGGUGCCUUGUUGCUGGGCCCACCAGGCUGUGGGAAGACUUUGCUGGCCAAGGCUGUGGCUACAGAGGCCCAGGUGCCGUUUUUGGCCAUGGCAGGCUCCGAGUUUGUGGAGGUGAUUGGAGGUCUGGGAGCUGCUCGUGUGCGGAGCCUGUUCCGGGAAGCGCAGGCUCGCGCUCCCUGCAUCGUCUACAUCGACGAGAUCGAUGCCGUGGGCAAGAGGCGCUCCACCAACGUGUCUGGCUUUGCCAACGCCGAGGAGGAGCAGACCUUAAACCAGCUGCUGGUGGAAAUGGAUGGAAUGGGGACCACAGAUCACGUCAUAGUGCUGGCUUCCACCAACCGUGCCGAUGUCCUGGACAAUGCUCUGAUGAGACCUGGGAGGCUGGACAGGCACAUCUUUAUUGAUCUCCCAACACUCCAGGAGAGAAAGGAGAUCUUUGAGCACCACCUGAAGGGCCUCAAGCUGAUCCAGGAUGGCAGUUUCUACUCACAACACCUGGCAGAGCUGACCCCAGGAUUCAGUGGAGCUGACAUAGCAAAUAUCUGCAAUGAAGCUGCUCUUCAUGCUGCCAGGGAAGGUCACAAAUCCAUUGAUACUUCCAAUUUCGAGUAUGCUGUGGAAAGAGUCAUUGCAGGCACAGCCAAAAGGAGUAAGAUCUUGUCACCAGAAGAGAGGAAGGUGGUGGCGUUCCACGAGUCGGGGCACGCGCUGGUUGGGUGGCUGCUGGAGCACACCGAGGCAGUCAUGAAGGUGUCCAUAGCCCCUCGGACAAACGCGGCGCUGGGAUUUGCACAGAUCCUGCCCCGGGAGCAGUACCUGUUCACCAAGGAGCAGCUGCUGGAGAGGAUGUGCAUGGCCCUGGGGGGGAGAGUGGCCGAGGCCAUCACCUUUAACAAGGUCACUACAGGAGCGCAGGAUGACCUGAAGAAGGUGACCAAGAUUGCCUACUCCAUGGUGAAGCAGUAUGGGAUGGUGCCCAGCAUCGGGCAGAUCUCUUUCCCAGAUCCAGAGAGUGCCCCUGGAAUUGGCAGGCGCCCCUUCAGCCAGGGCCUGCAGCAAAUGAUGGACCACGAAGCCAAAAUCCUGGUGGCUCAGGCUUAUAGGCGCACAGAAAAGCUCUUGCUGGAGAACCGGGACAAGCUGCAAACACUGUCCAAUGCCCUCCUGGAGAAGGAAGUGAUCAAUUAUGAUGACAUUGAGGCACUGAUCGGGCCCCCACCAUACGGGCCCAAGAAGAUGAUUGCUCCUCAGAGCUGGCUGCAGGCAGAGAGGGACAAGCAGGACACCAGGGAGGAAGAAACACCUCCCCAGCCACCAAACCAGGAGGAGGAGGAGGAGCCACGCCUGAGACCAGUGUGAGCCAUCUCCCAUGUGGAGUGGGAGGGCUCCAGAGGCUUACUUGGACGCAGACCCUUUGCCUUCUCAGCUUCAGAAUCAAAGAUGCGGAGCAGGGAAUUGCUGUGCUGCUGCUGCUACCCCAAAAUUAAAGGAUGGCUACGUUGGCUCUUUGAGCUUUAUCCUGCAGGAAGGAGAACUCCUCAGGAUUUCAGAAUUGAUUCCUAGUGGGGUGGUAGUGAUUAGGAGUUGGGUAAGUCUGAUCUGCUGAGGAAGUUUCUUGUACACAGGAGCAGGGAACAUAUUCCAGUGGGUGGAAGGUCCUAUAUAAGCCGGUUCUGGCUGUGCUCUGUAUCAUGGCAGGAGGGCAGGGCUGUGCCCUCAGCGUGGGGACACCCCUGUGGGGUUUAGCUGGGCUGCUGCAGCUCUUGUGUAACCUUUGAACACAACACACAAACAGCCCUGCCUGGAAUAAACUGCCCACAACGUGCUGCUGUGUGUGUACAAUGUGUCAGGCUCCAGGGGGGGUUGGCACACAUGAAGCUCAUUAGAGCUGUGGAGUGGUACAGGACGAGGGCCUCCUUCUCCCUGGUUAAUAAUUUAUGUCCAGUUUUUACAGCGAAUGUUUCCCAAGCAGAGGUUGAGGCAAAACUCUGCAGAGCUCAGCAGUGGGACAUGGAAACCAAUUGUGCAGAGGGUGACUGAGCACAUGGGAAGACUGUUCUGAACUGGUGGUUGUGGACUGUAGAGGUGCCCUUGGAAAUCCAGUAAAAACAGGUGUGUUUCUUGGGAAUCCUCAGGAAAAGCUGCUUCAUCCUCGCGGCUGUUGCAAAAUGGGCCCUGCUGACAGGGUUGUUUGGUGUUCAUCAGGGAAAGCAUUAAAGUGGUUGUUGCUGCCUGGA